AUGACAUCCUAUUUGUCUUUCUUCUUUCUCCUUUCUCUUUCUUCUUUCUGUUUCUCUUUCAUUUUUCUCCGUUUUCUUCCUCUUUUUCUUUCUCUUUCUCUUUUCUUGGUCUUUUUCUCUUUUCUUCCAAUUUUUCUCUUUUCUUCCUCUUUUUCUCUUUUCUUCCUCUUUUUUGUUUUCUCUCUCUUUUUUGUCCCUUUCUCUCUUUUCUUUAUCUUUUUCUUUCUCUUCCUCUUUUUCUUUCUCUGUUUUCUUCCUCUUUUUCUUUCUCUGUUUUCUUCCUCUUUUUCUUUCUCUGUUUUCUUCCUGUUUUUCCUUCUCUGUUUUCUUCCUCUUUUUCCUUCUCUGUUUUCUUCCUCUUUUUCUUUCUCUGUUUUCUUCCUCUUUUCAUUGACUCUUUAUUUCUCAAUUUUCUUCACUCGCUCCUUUUUCUCCUUAUUCUCAUGUUUUCAUUUCAUUCUACUAAUUCCUUCUAAUCAUUUUUUUGUUCAUAUUUUCCCCUUUUUUCUCGUUUUUUUGCCUUUCCCUUUUCAAGCUAUUGUUUUUUUAAAUCUUUUCUUCUUUUUCUUUUUCCCGUCUCGUUUCUAUUCCUACUAUCCUUUUUUUUCUCUUUUGCUUCUUUCUCAGAUGCCAAACUGUCUUAAAUUUGUUUUACCUUUUCUUUUUUAA